CCGGUCCUCGCCCAUCGUCCGGUUCCAAUCCCGCCCUGAGCCCGCCCGGGGCCCGCCCCGUGACUCGUCAGCGCGGGGCGCCGCGCGCAGUUCCCGCUGGACCCGCCCGGGCGCUGCCGCCGCGGCCCCGUUCUCGUCCCUCCGCCAGGAUGUCGGCCAAUGUCCCUGGGAGCUCAAACAUGGCUGCUGGCAGCAAUCGCCGGCUUCAGCAAACCCAGCACCAAGUAGAUGAGGUUGUUGACAUCAUGAGGGUGAACGUGGACAAGGUUCUGGAGCGGGAUCAGAAGCUGUCCGAGCUGGAUGACCGAGCUGAUGCUCUGCAAGCAGGAGCCUCCCAGUUCGAGACCAGCGCAGCCAAGCUGAAGAGGAAGUACUGGUGGAAGAACUGCAAGAUGUGGGCAAUAUUGAUAGGUGUUGUUGUCAUUAUCAUCAUCAUCAUUAUUGUCUGGAGUGCGUAUUCAUGAAUUACAAGAAGAAACUCAAUUCAACUGAAGGUGCCUUUGGGAAUCUACUUCAGCCUCUCCACUUCAAACCUGCUGCCUUCUCAGUCCGUUUACUGCUGUUUAAAGCAAACCUAUUUUGAUUAUCGAGACGUUAACUAACUUUACUGGUGGCCUUAAGA